CCCGUGUCCGCAUGCGCGGCUGAGCCGCGGGGGUGGUACUGCUGCAUCCGGGUGUCUGGAGACCGUAGCCGUUUUGUUUUCUUAGCUGAAACCCGGGAGUGAGGCCGGUAGGCGCGGCACUACACCGGGGUCCGGAACCACUGCACGACGGGGCUGGACUGACCUGAAAAAAAUGUCUGGAUUUCUAGAGGGCUUGAGAUGCUCAGAAUGCAUUGACUGGGGGGAAAAGCGCAAUACUAUUGCUUCCAUUGCUGCUGGUGUACUAUUUUUUACAGGCUGGUGGAUUAUCAUAGAUGCAGCUGUUAUUUAUCCCACCAUGAAAGAUUUCAACCACUCAUACCAUGCCUGUGGUGUUAUAGCAACCAUAGCCUUCCUAAUGAUUAAUGCAGUAUCAAAUGGACAAGUCCGAGGUGAUAGUUACAGUGAAGGUUGUCUGGGUCAAACAGGUGCUCGCAUUUGGCUAUUCAUUGGUUUCAUGUUGGCCUUUGGAUCUCUGAUUGCAUCUAUGUGGAUUCUUUUUGGAGGUUAUGUUGCUAAAGAAAAAGACAUAGUAUACCCUGGAAUUGCUGUAUUUUUCCAGAAUGCCUUCAUCUUUUUUGGAGGGCUGGUUUUUAAGUUUGGCCGCACUGAAGACUUAUGGCAGUGAAAACAUCCGAUUUCCCACAGCACAACAGCCCUGCUUGGGUUUGUUUGUUUUUUUUACUGCUCACUCCCAACCUUUUGUAAUGCCGUUUUCUAAACUUAUUUCUGAGUGUAGUCGCAGCUUAAAGUUGUGUAAUACUAAAAUCAUGAGAACACCCUAUUUAAACAACAACCAAAAAUCUAUUGUGGUAUGCACUUGAUUAACUUAUAAAACGUUAAAGCAAACUUUCACAUGAAUAAUUUUUGUCAAAUUUUAUCAUGGCAUAAUUUGUAAAAAUAAAAAGAAAUUACAAAAGAAAUUAUGGAUUUGUCAGUAUAAGUAUUUGUCAUAUCUGAGGUCCAAAACCACAAUGAAAGUGCUCUGAAGAUUUAAUGUGUUUAUUCAGAUGUGGUCUCUUCUGUGUCAAAUGUUAAAUGAAAUAUAAACAUUUUUUAGUUUUUAAAAUAUUUCAUGGUCAAAAUUCUUCCUCACUAUAAUUGGUAUUUACUUUUACCAAAAAUUCUGUGAACAUGUAGUGUUUAAGUGGCUUUUGAGGGUCUCCCAAGGGGUGAGUGGACGUGUUGGAAGAGAGAAGCACCAUGGUCCGGGCACCAGGCUCCCCACGUCCCUUCCGUGGGAAGCUCUUCCGCUGUGCCUCCCAUUCCAAGGGCAAGAGGAUAUGACUCAGCCAUGACACGUGGUUCUAGUGGGACGCACAGUCACUCCACACCCACCGUUGAAGGAGAGACGAGAAAAGGAGAGAGAUUUGACACUCCGGUCUUACACAGGGGACAAUUUCUUGUUGUUCUGAUAAUAAACCGGGUUCCAUGUUUCAUUUCAUCUGUAUACUGAACCACUAGCCUAAUAGACCAGCACGGUCAACCAGAAUGACAAACAUUAGCUACUGGGAACUCUUGUUGUCUCUUCCGCUUCGGAACUCUUGUCCCCACAGGCUCCCCACCUCUGCAAGAUGGGAUACGCUCUUCAGAACCACAGUUUGGAAUGUCUUUCAUAACAUGUGCUACAAUUAGCCUUCGGAAUAUUUGCUGGGUGAUUUAAAUGUGUGGGUCUCUUUUCCAUGCUAGCAUCGUCAUCUGACAGUCUCUAUGCUGUGAAUAUUGCCUGGCGAUCAAAACUCUUCUCAAAGAAAUAACUUGCUGUCAUCCCACAUGAACUCCUGAUGUUUUUUCUACAAAAGUUCAUAAAAUGUGAAAAUUGGAGAAGAUCUUAGAGGUUGAAGUCCACCUUCUCUUUUCACACAGGAGGGAACCCAGACCAUGGAAAUUGAAGUAACUUCCUCACGGUCACAGAACUAGUUUUUUAAUCCUCAGGCAGUGCAUCCCCCCACCCUACAACUGAGCACAACCUCUUUCCCCACAGUGCAAUUCAGAAUAUGCUCAGGGAAUGCCAGCCACCUUGUAAAAUUGCUGGGAUAAAAGCAUGAUUCCCACAAGGACUAAGUGUCAGUGAUUUGUAAUUUCCUGUUUUGUACUAUCUGCUUUGCUCAUGUAGACAAGAGUUAACUGGGUAGCAUACUUUAUCAAGCAUGAGAAAGAAUCUAAAGAAUUGUCAAUAAAAUUAACCCAAAACUUUAAUAAUGUGUCUGUAACCAGGAAAAUAUUGAUAGCAUCAUCCUAAUGAAACUAAACAUUUAUUUUAAACUUAUUAAAUUGACUCUUAAACUAA